UCUCUCUCGCUCUCCCCCUCUCGCUGUGGUCUCGCACACUGUAGGCGUUGCUCUUUUUCUGGGACAGUUUUGGGAGGGUGAGGCGGAAACUGAGAUCACAGGACGAGCAUCGGUGGCGCUGGAACAGCAGAGGGAGUUUCUGGGAGGAUGGAGGUGCUGUGAGAGAGCUCUCUGUGCAAGGGGCCGGAGCAGGAAUAGCAGGUAACUCCCAUCAUGCAGAACCCGGACGCCCCCGACGGCUGCCUCCCAAUCCAUCUGGACAGCGCAGCUUUGGACAUCGGGCUUGAUGAGGUCGACUGCCUUGGAGAAGAAGACGAGAGCGGUUCUAAGAAAACCCCCUUCCUCAUCGUCUACGACCUGAAGCCUCUCAAACACCAGGGGUCCGUCUUCCUGAAGGGGGUCCCAGUGACGGCUCGGAUCUCCCAGACGGAGCGUUACACCAGCGGCUCCAAGGUCAGCACAAGCACCCUGUAUUCGGUCAUUCUUACCCACGGCCCGUUCACAUGGACCAUCAAGAAGAAAUUCAAGCACUUCCAGGAGCUCCACCGCGACCUCCUCAGACACAAGAUCUUUGUCAGCCUCCUCCCUUUCAACCCCCUCUCACGCUUUUCCGUGACGAGAUCCCACGCCGAGACCACCUCUUCCGAGAUACCGUCUCUACCCCACGCCACCGGAGAGGCGUCCCUACGGACCUUCAGCAAGCAGAAGUACAUGGCUGAAUACCUCAAUGUGCUGCUGGCCAAGUCCUUCUACCGGAAUUACCACGCCAUGAUGGAGUUUCUCGAUGUCAGCCAGUUGUCCUUCAUUCCUGACCUUGGACCAAAAGGACUGGAAGGGUUUAUUCAGAAACGCUCCGGAGGCCAUCGCAUUCAAGGAAUCAACUGUUUUGGCCACCACCAGAUCUGCUACCGAUGGUCAAAGAGGUGGCUGGUGGUGAAAGACUCCUUCCUGCUCUACCAGAAACCCGACUCGGGAGAAAUCUCCUUCGUGUUGCUGUUCGACCCCGAGUUUAACAUGGAGAUCGGGAAGAAAGCCACAGAGGCCAAGUACGGGGUGAAGAUAGAGAACUACUCCAGGACGCUCAUUUUAAAGUGCAGCGGGUACCGGCAGGCCCUGUUCUGGGGGCAGGAGAUUAGACACCUCGCCGAGGAUUAUGGGAAGGAUUUCCUGCGCACGCAUCGAUUCAACGGAUUCGCCCCGGUUAGGGAGAAAACCCAGGUGAAGUGGUUUGUGAACGGUGCCACGUAUUUCGAGUCCGUGGCUGACGCGCUGAUGCAGGCGCGGGAGGAAAUCUUCAUCACGGACUGGUGGCUCAGCCCAGAAAUCCACCUGAAGCGGCCGGCGCAGAACGACGACUGGAGACUGGACAUCAUAUUAAAGCACAAGGCGGAGGCCGGGGUUCGCGUCUGCGUUCUCCUGUUUAAAGAAGUGGAGAUGGCGCUCGGUAUUAACAGUGGGUACAGUAAACGAGUAUUAAUGUUACUGCACCCCAACAUUAAGGUGAUGCGGCACCCAGAUCACGUGUCCUCGCUUAGUUUCCUCUGGGCUCAUCACGAGAAGAUGGUGGCCAUUGACCAGUCGGUAGUGUUCCUCGGGGGCCUGGACCUGGCCUAUGGACGAUGGGAUGACCACAGCUACCGGCUGACGGAUGUGGGGCCCAUGGUACAGCAGCAAGUAUCCCAGAGCGGCGCCCCCUCCCCAGAUGUUCCCGAGGAGGACUCCCCCAUAGUCCCCCAGUUCUGGCUGGGCAAAGAUUACAGUAACCUCAUCUUCAAAGACUGGAUACAGCUGGACAAACCCUUUGAAGAUUUCAUUGACAGGAUGAAGUGCCCCCGAAUGCCGUGGAGGGACGUGGGAGUGGUGAUUCAUGGGAAAGCAGCCAGGGAUGCCGCCCGGCACUUCAUUCAGAGGUGGAACUUCACGAAGACGCUCAAAACAAAAUAUAAAAGAGCUUUCUACCCCUACCUGCUGCCCAAAUCCCACAGCACCGCUGACAAGCUGCACUACACCGUGCCGGGAUCCCACGCCGCGCAAGUACAGGUCCUGCGUUCCGUCGAUCGGUGGUCCGCCGGUUACAACGAGUCCUCCAUUCUCAUUGGCUACGUGCGUUGCAUAGAAGAGGCUGAACACUAUGUGUAUAUAGAGAACCAGUUUUUUGUCACAUGCACAGGCGGUGGGACCAUCCAUAACACAAUCGGGGACGCCAUUGUGCAGAGGAUACUGCGAGCCUACGGCACCAACUCCAAGUUCCGAGUUUUCAUCGUCAUUCCGCUGCUUCCGGGUUUCGAAGGGAACAUAGAAUUAGGAGGCGGGAAUUCUAUCCAGGCCAUUUUGCAUUACACAUACAGCUCCAUCUGCCGGGGGGACGGCUCCAUCAUCUCCCGUCUGAAGGAUCACAUGGGGGAGGGUUGGCGCCAGUACCUGUCGGUGUGCGGCGUCCGCACUCACGGAGACAUGCCCGACGGCUCCCUCGUCACCGAGCUCAUUUACGUGCACAGCAAGCUGCUGAUCGCCGACGACAGAAGAGUCAUCAUUGGCUCGGCGAAUAUCAAUGACCGGAGCAUGCUGGGAAAACGUGACAGCGAGCUGGCGGUGAUCGUGGAGGAUACAGAGCUGGUCGCGUCGCUGAUGGACGAGCAGCCGUACCAAGCCGGGAAGUUCGCACUCGGCCUGCGCAAGGACUGCUUCACCACUCUCUUGGGCGCCCUGACCCCCCCACGCGUGGAUGUCUCGGACCCGAUUAGUGACCACUUCUUUAACGACGUUUGGAACCAGACGGCUGUCACUAACACAACGCUGUACGAUCAGAUAUUCCGCUGUCUUCCCACCAAUGCUGUUCAGACCCACCGGACCCUCAGGGAGUACAGCGCCGUUCCCAGUAUGGCUGUCACGGAUCCCGGCCUAUCGCGUGAGCUGCUAGUCGGGGUCAGAGGUCAUUUGGUGGAGUUCCCCCUGCAUUUUCUGUGUUCGGAGAACCUCCUGCCGCCCCUGAACAGCAAAGAGGGGGUGAUCCCUACGGAUGUCUGGACUUAAUUCUGUGACGGAGACGGCGUUCUGGU